AUGGCACACGACAACAACACUUUGUCCGUUACACAAAGCGUUCUGGACAUUUGGAACGAUGCACAGGCCGAAUUCUUCAAGUCAUCCUCCAUACCGCGGAGCGAGUGGGAUGAAACUGCAGGAUCUGUGAAGAAGCCUGAGGUCUUGCUGGAGAGAUUCCGAAGCGCGCGACACCCGGACGGCCGAUUCAACAAAGCGUGCGAGGUUGUUGGAGCUCACCUCAGCCAGAUUCAAAGCGCAGUCAGCCUCGUCAAGUUCACAACAGACACAGUUGCAACGUUCGCGCCUGUCGUUUCGCCAGCUUCGGUCGUAGUGAAUGCCUUCGCUUGGCUUUUCAACUCCUUCGCAAAGGUUUCUGACGACUUCGAUUCAAUCGAAGAUUUUUUCCAGAAGAUGGCGAGCCACUUCGACAACUUGUCUCUUUUAAGCGGCCAGUUCGGCCGUGUGCAAGAGCUCGACCUCUUGAAGAGAUGCAUCAUUGAGCUGUUCGCAUCCUCUCUCAAAGUCUGCGAGAUUGCCAUCGAACAAGCAAGCCACAGAACAAAGACAUGGCUGCGCAAGUUCGCCGACAUGGACACGCUGAAAGACCCACUGUCGAAGAUGGCCAAGGCGGACAGCAACCUUGGCCGUUGUGCUCAGAUGACGGGUCUGGCUAUUGGUACGAAGACAUACGCCGCAACCGGAAGAAUCGAACAGGGAGUUGAGGAAGGCAAUGAAAGAGGCGAGCGACUCGAGUUCCAGCUCAACAGGGUUCAGCAGAGCAACGAAUUCGACCAGCGCGAUGCCAUACUCGACUGGCUGUCGCCACUAGACUUCCACCAGGUGCAUCGAAGCUUGGAGCAGCGAGUCUCUGAGAGCCCUGUCGCCGGUAAAUGGCUUCUACAAUCCCAGACCUUCGAACACUGGCGCGACCAGGAUCUCCAUCGACUCUGGUAUAAAGGAAAGCCUGGCGCGGGCAAAAGUGUUCUAGCGUCCAUUGUCGUCAAUCACCUGCAAGAGUGGGUGGAAAGGCACAGCCCCCGGCCUAGUGAAGCCUUCGUCACGUGUCUGUAUCUAUCAUACAAGGAAAAGCCCGACCUGGAGCACCUCCUCGGAAGCAUAGCGCGCCAGAUCCAGUCUCGUCUGCCUGAGAUUCAUCACAAGAUCCAGGAAAAAUUCCAAGAGUAUCGACAAAGCGGGAAGGGCUCCGAUGGCAAAUUCCACAAUCCGUCACUGGCUGAUAUCAAGACGUUACUGUCCCUGCUGGUCACAGACUCAACCUUGUAUGUCGUCGUUGACGCCAUGGACGAGUGCGCUUUCGACAUCCGUGCCCCUCUACUCGCUCACCUGAAGCAAAUCAAAGUCAACAUCAAGAUCUUGGUGACUUCCAGAAACAUGAAUCAUCUUGACAAGCUCCAAGAAGGAUUCGAGAGGAAGGACAUCGAGGCUCACGACGAUGACAUGAAAGAAUACAUCCAAGGCGUCAUUCAGAAGCAUCCAAUUCUCGAAGGCUACAGCGACGAGAUUCAAGACGCAGUUUGUCGCAGAUCCGGAAAGAUGUUCCUAAUCGUCAGACUUCAUAUGGAUGCAUUGGCAGAUGUUGAAGUACCGGCAGAAGUCUCGGAUGUCCUUGAGACUCUGCCAGAAACCAUCCGAGGCAGCUACGAGAACACAAUGGCUCGCAUUCGUGACGGCACAAGAUCGAAACAGCAGUACGCGAGGACCAUCCUUGCUUGGAUCACUUAUGCCCAGCGAGCGCUCUCUGUUCGCGAGCUUCAGCAUGCCAUCGCCGCGGAGAGAUCUUCGGGGAAAAUCGGCAAAAGAGAUCUGCUUCCAGAACGGGAGAUCACCUCGUUUUGCUGCGGACUAGUCAUCAUCGACCUUGAUCAAAUGGUCCGUUUCGUCCAUUACUCAGCUCAUGAUUACUUCCAAACCAUCAAGAGCAAGGAAUUCCCGGACUUCGAGAGCCGCGUCACACUCGCCUGCGCCAGGUAUUUUUACAUGGCAUCAUUGCAGCAACCGCGCGAGGACAAUGGGUCCUCAGGGACUGAUAACACGACCGUCGACGUGCUCGAUGAGCUGCCACUUGCUCGCUAUGCGGGAGAGCAUCUUCAUCGGCAUUGCCGCCGGGUUUCCAUCACCUCGGACGAUUCAGAUCUCUCCAAAGCAGUCCACACUCUCGUUCACAACAAGGCAAGCCGAGAAUUCUACAGUCGCCUCCUUUUCGAAUUCAAAACCUACUACAGCAAAUCAUCCAUUCUAGACGGAAACGACCGCCGGUGGAGUGAUUUCGACACUCCAGGUGCACCGCUGGGGCUGUUGCACAUGGCUGUUUUUCUAGGCUGUACUGCGCUUGUUGAAGAAAUGGUCAAGGAUGGCAUAGCGGACGUCAACGCAAUCGACCCUUACGAACAGUCGGCUCUCAUCGUUGCUCUUAAGAACGGCCUUGACGAUGUCGCCGGAGUCCUGCUUGACUCUGGGGCAAGCGUUGAUCUCUUGUCGAAGAGGGGACAUGUGGCCUUGCUCUACGCGGCAGAGAGAGACUACACAAAGGCAGUCGAGAAGAUGAUUGGUAUUCCCAUUGUCCCUAAAGUGGACGGUAUACUUCUGAUCAUUGGUCUCUUGGCCGAAUUCCUAUUCAUGAUCAUGAAGCUUGUGAUCUCGAGCAACUUUCUUGCCAGAAAUCUACCAGAAAGCGCCCAGAAGGCCCUACAUGGAGCACCUCUAGCGGAAGCUGAGACAGUGGACACCAUGGAAGUGGACAGAUCACUUGACAGGUACAAGGGACUUCUUCCGCUAGCCUACAGAGGUGAUGCGGACGGCAUUCUUGCUCUACUCGACUGUCGUGCAUCCGAUUGCAUUGAUAUGCGAUUGGUGAAGAGUAGAAGUGUCGAGGAUGACGAGUAUUUCUACGACAGCGAUGACGACAGCGAUGACGACGACUACGGCUAUUUCUACAGCGGCUUUAGCAGUAGCGACGAUGGAGAUGGCGAUCACGAUGACAGCGACUCCGAAAGCUUUGGAGAGGAACUCAAUGACCACGAAGGGACCGAUAGCGGCUACGGGGACGACCGCGAUAGCAGUCCUGGCCACGUACAGAAAGCUUCUGCGGAGGAGAAAGCUACAGGAGCGACAUGCAAGAAAAAGCAGGUGGACAUGACUGAGAUAAAAACUGCUUUCUUGAAGACGGCCUGUUUCUUAGCAGCUGAGCGCGGGAAUCAUGAUACAGUCGAGGUGCUUCUGGAGCAUGGUGUGAACCCGAACCUGAGGAACUUUCAAGGACAACCCCUACUGCACAGAGCGACGGCCAGAAACAAACUCGACACAGUCAGACUUCUCCUGGAGCACCAUGCGAAGGUAGAUCUCAGAGAUGCAAAUGGUAGAACGGCUUUGAUGGCGAAUGCCGACGUUGGAAAAGACAAAGUCCUUAGUUUACUCCAAGAACACGGCGCGAGAACAGAUCUCACGCAAAGGGAAGGUAUCCACGAGCUAUACGAAGCCGCAGUGUUUGGGGCAGUUCCAGUCGUCAAGUUCUUCCUCGAAAACGGCACAGAUCCUUCCAUUACAAACCAUUUCGGGUGGGCACCACUGCAUGGUGCUGCCGCCAACGGACAUCUGGAGUGUGUACGUCUCCUUCUGGAAAGGGGAGCGCAUCCUUCCCCGAUUUCCGACACCGGGACAACACCUCGCGAUUUUGUCGCUCGUGGGGAAACGCACUAUGACAGUAUUCUCACGGGGAAAAAGCAUUACAAGGCUGAAGACCAACCAACGGAUAAGCUGAGUACAGCCGAUGUGGAAGCCCGGAGAGAUGAAAUCAUGAGCUUGCUCUUCAGGUAUGGGGCGAAGACUGCUGACGAGCUAUACGAGGCUGUUGAGCGUGGAGAGCUCGAUUCCAGCAAAGCCCAACGGGCCGAGACCAACUGGACUGACGACGACUGGUGGACAAAACGUAGAGCAUAUCAGUACCGAAGACAGAGGAACAAGAGGAAAUAG